AUGGCGUUUUCUAACGUAAAAACCCCUACAGCGCUGGAGCAACUGUUGGAGGAAAUCAAUUUCCAGCGAACCAAGGAAAUGAGGCAGCUGUUGAAAGAUGAUUCAGGUUUUGUGAUGUUACAAGGCACCACCUACUGGACGGACCUUUUUGUGCGCCAUUUUCUAUUUCAAAACGACUCGACCAUCGACUGUGAUGAUUUGUUGUUUUUCGUCAGAAAAAAACACGUUAAAGGAUCACCUAGAUAUUUACCAAAAUUUGAGACUGAAGUAGACGUGUUUCGUAAAGAUAGCAAAAAACUACCGAUAGGCGACCCGGACAUCGACUGGGAAGAAACAGUCUAUCUCAACCUUAUCAUACAUCAAUUCGAGUACACACUGACUUUGGCCAUUUGUACGCGCACAAGUCCCAAAGAACUCCAAGUACUCAAACGUCAUUCACAAAAAGUAUACGCGUCGCCGAGCCGACGUCGCAUGGACACCAAAGGCGACGUCGAAGAAAUCACGUAUCCGCACAUUUGUUUUAUGGUCGACAAUUUUGACGAGGUGUUUCAGGACAUUUUGGUGCGCGACGGCGAAAUGGUGUGCGUCGAGCUGGUCGCCUCGGAUAAACACGGCACGGUGCAGGGAGUGAUUUUUUUGGGCUCGAUCCGGUACGACGCUUUGAAAAAAGUCUACGACGCUAGACAAUCGAGUCUGGGUACAAAAAUGGCACAAAGAAUGACGUUCGGAUUAUUCUCGAACACUCCGGCGCAAAGAUGCGAAUUCGUCCGAAUGAAAGGGCCACAGGGCAAAGGUCACGCAGAAAUGGCAGUAACUAAACCAAAAGGCUCCGGAGUGGAAACGCCAACGUCUGAACCAGGUUACUGCGCAACCGACAUGUGGGAUUCCGAUUGGGAGGACGACCAAGAAGACUUCUACCUCUACAGAUCGCAACGUAGACUCAGCGAUCCGAGCGCCAACAUUAACAAUUUCGUACGCGGCGGCUGGCGAACCAAGUUGGACGUCAAGGCGCGUUCCGAAAGCGAAGGCCUCGACAAUUGGGACAAUGGAUUUAGCGAAAUCGAAGCUGGAGAUUUACGAGACGGCCUGUCUGGUCCUGCUUCUACAACAAGUACCACGAAAGGCUGUUGCGGCUGUUUUCAAAGGAGAAAACGCAAUUCGAUAAUGCUGAACGAAAUCGUGAGCCACCGACCGUCGUGCCGGUCGUCAAGCAAUAACGUCACGCACUUGCUGAACCAAUCGGAUUACGAGGUGGGCAAAGAACGGGCGAUCAACAAAAAAAAGAAGACCAAACCGGCGAGCAAAAAGUACAGCUCGGAGUUCGAGUUCGGCGACGAUGCCAUCGAGAACUUAGAACGGCAAAAACCGUUGAUGAUCGAAAAAAGUACCACUGAGAACCCGUACAUGACAGUACGCGGGAAAGAGGAAAUACCGGAAAUCAAUUACGUUACCGACAACGUCGAAACCGAUGACAUAUCGAUUGUGGAUAACAAUAAGAAAAAGACUGAAAACAAUAACGUGAAAAACGGCAACAGGGCGAAAAAUAACGUUUACGGUUAUUGCACGUUGCCGAAACGCAAGCCACCCGGCAAAAUUUUGAUGGGGCCACCCAAACGGGUCACGCCUGAUGGUACCACUAUUUAUUACUGGUGCGAUUUGAGCCAUAAGAAAUUCGAAUUGGGCGACGGAGCCUACAAUCCCCUAUGGACGAUGCGCGGUUUUACGCAAACUUUUCACUUUUGGAAAGAAAACAAACGGGCACAAUCGGUACCAUUAAAUGCCUUCCUCACCUACGUCACGUUGCCGUGGUGGAGCAUAGCUAAGGAUAUUCUAGAUCACAGAGAAGGUCCAAUACUAACCUUUUAG